ACGUUAAUAUCUAAAAAUGUAAGCUUUCCUUUUAAGUCUGCAGUUCUCAAAUCUCAACUAAAAGCUGAAACGCAAAACCCCCGAAUGAAAGUGUUCAGAUUUUUAAUUAGCCGGUUUGCUCAUCUACUUCAGCAACCCAUCAUCCGUUUCCAUAAAUGUAACCCAUACUCCAUUUCUUCUUCUUCUUCUUCCUAAUCUCCCUUUCCAUCUCCUCACAAAUCUUCCUUUUAAUCCCACAUUUCUACUCCCAAAUUCCCCCAAUCCAAAUAUGCAGCUCGGUUGUAUCGAACAACUUAAAUCUCAACCCAUCUGGGUUUUAUUUUUUUUAGCAUUGGGAUCUCUCUCAGCUCUCAAAUUCAUACUAAUCAUUCUCAAAUGGAUCUAUGUUAAUUUCCUCCGACCCUCAAAGAAUCUCAAGAAAUACGGUUCAUGGGCACUCGUCACUGGACCCACUGAUGGUAUCGGUAAGAGUUUCGCUUUUCAGUUGGCUCGUAAAGGGCUCAAUCUCGUUUUGGUGGGUCGGAACCCUGAGAAACUCAAAGAUGUUUCUGAUUCUAUUGUUGCUAAGUACGGUAGCAUCCAGAUUAAGAGCGUUGUCGUUGAUUUCUCCGGUGAUCUUUCAGAAGGUAUUAAGAGAAUCACUGAAGCGAUUGAAGGUUUGGAUGUUGGGGUUUUGAUUAAUAACGUUGGGGUUUCAUAUCCGUAUGGAAGGUUUUUUCAUGAAGUGGAUGAGGAGCUUCUGAAUAACUUAAUUAAGGUCAAUGUUGAAGGCACCACUAAGGUGACUCAUGCUGUUUUGCCUGGAAUGUUGAAGAGGAAGAGAGGUGCCAUUGUUAAUAUUGGUUCUGGUGCUGCUAUUGUUAUUCCUUCAGAUCCCCUAUAUACUGUUUAUGCUGCUACCAAAGCGUACAUCGAUCAAUUCUCGAGAUGCUUGUAUGUGGAGUACAAGAAGAGUGGAAUUGAUGUGCAAUGUCAGGUUCCGCUAUAUGUUGCUACCAAAAUGGCGUCAAUUCGAAGAUCAUCCUUCUUCGUUCCCUCAACCAAUGGAUAUGCAGCAGCAGCUCUACGCUGGAUCGGUUACGAGCCGCGCUGCACACCGUAUUGGCCCCAUCAACUUUUAUGGGGUUUGGUGUCCUUGUUGCCGGAGUCUGUUGUCGAUGGUUGGCGCCUGAACUUUUGUCUUGGCAUCAGAAAGAGAGGACAACUGAAAGAUUCCAGGAAAAAAGAGUAGGAAGAUUAAAGAUACGUAGUUCUAAUUUGCAGAGAAGAAUAACAUUUCUCCUUAGUGUCAGCUACUUUUCGAAAUUUGGAACACAAGCGUCUAGAUUUGUAUGUUUUCAGUUUGAUUGUUCUUUGACCAAUAUAUAUUUUUUUCCAUUUUA